AGGUUUAUCCUGACGGAAGCCGAUCUCACUCGAAGUCUCGAAUACUCUGACAAUGAGAAAGAGAGCGAGAGCGAGCGGGCGCGCGCGCGUGAGAGAGAGAGAGGAGCGGCGUCAAUCCUACCAGGAGACCAUCGUUCAAGGCUUCUAGCCACGGCCUGUUAAUCGUCCAGAUGCAGAGAUAAACGAACUAUGUCCUCCCACGACAGAGCCGCUGCGGCUGCGCUGGCCAACGUUGCCCUGGCCGCAGAUGGUGCAGUCAUUGGCCUGGUCCUAGCUUAUGUAGCCGUGCAAAGCUGGCUCAAAUUCAACAACACCUCUUCUGCUUUACAGAAAAUCCGUGGAGCUCCAACCGUUCGUGUUGCCGAUCUCCGCUCCCUUCUAUCAUCUUCAGACGACAACAGUAUCAGAAACAUCGCCAAUGAAUCUGGACCCACCGAGGGAAAGCUCGUCAUCGUUCGCGGCCUAAUCGAGGCGAAAUCGGCUGUCGAUGGGAACUGGAGAAGCUUGAGGCCUAAUGCCUUGAUAUCCCAUGAGUCCGGUGAGAGAGCUGUUGUGCUACAGAGAACUCAGACGUGUAUAUACAAUGAAUGGAGGGGCCUAUUUGGAUGGACUUCUGACUUACGCACUCUCUUUGCUCGACCACUGAAAGAACAAAAGUCUACCUCACUAAGAAUGGUUCCUUUUAUUCUUGUUGAAGGUGGUCAGUGGCCACAUUCUGAUUAUGUAGUUGUGAAUUUGGAUGGCUCUAGGCAUCCUCUACCUCUAGUAACAGUUUAUCAUCAAUUACAGCCAGUCCAAGCUUCACCAUAUACAUUUCUCCAGGCACUUUUUGGCCAUCAUUAUCCUGUUGGUCUUCUUGAUGAGGAGAAAAUCCUUCCAUUAGGAAAGGAGAUCACUGCAGUUGGCAUUUGCAGAUUUCAAGAUGGAAAUCCCGAGAUUAAGUCCUGCAAGGAUCUUCCCUAUUUCUUGUCAGACAUGACCAAAGAUCAAAUAGUAGUAGAUCUUGGCUUUAGGACAAAAGUUCUGUUGUGGGGUGGCAUUCUUCUUGUCUCACUGUCAUUUGGUAUAUUAGGCUAUGCUAUCAUGAGGAAUUGGAACAGAUGGAAAGAAUGGAAGCAGCAGAGGCAGGUUCAGCAAUCGAGAGCUGCUGCUCCUGAAAUUGAAGGAGAUGAGGAGGCUGGAGAUGUUCCAGAUGGGCAAUUGUGUGUGAUCUGUUUGAUGAGGAGGCGGCGGUCUGCUUUCGUUCCAUGUGGGCAUCUGGUUUGCUGCCAAGGUUGUGCCUUGUCAGUUGAGCGUGAUUUGGCGCCUAAAUGCCCUGUUUGUAGGCAGACCAUCCGGAAUUCCAUUAGGGUUUACAGUUCUUGAGGUACCAAGUAUAAAUUCUGUUUUCCUUGUUUCUUUUAAGAACACUGAAUUUAUGUAAUCUGAACGUUAAAUGUGCCACUGUGAAUAUUAUUUUCAUAUUGUCUUACUGUAAAUAUAGGUUUUUUUUUUUGUGA